AGGCCGCAGACUAUCUGUGCGCGCGCGUCUUCCUGGUCAUAUGACAGAGCCGUGUGGUGAGGAAGGAGCAGCGAGCACUGCACGGGGCUCGGUAUUGGCAUGGGUCGCUGCGUUCAGACCAAGCCGCAGCGGGCUGUAGCGGUCCUGCUGUGGACGGGGCUGUUAGUGUGCGGCACCGCUGGAGAGCGGCAGUGGCCGGUGCCGUACAGGCGUUUUGACCAUCGGCCAAUGUCUGAUCCAUACUGUCAAGCCCAAUACACGUUUUGCCCUACUGGGUAUGCAGAUGGAUUUAUUCCCCUUAUGAAGAAUGAAGAUGUCAUCGAGGUUUUCCGACUACAGGCACCUGUGUGGGAAUUCAAAUAUGGCGAUAUGCUUGGACACUUUAAAAUAAUGCAUGACGCCAUUGGUUUCCGAAGCACAUUAACUGGAAAGAAUUACACAGCGGAAUGGUAUGAACUCUUCCAGCUGGGUAACUGCACCUUCCCGCAUCUCAGGCCUGGCAUGUCGCAGCCAUUCUGGUGCAAUCAGGGAGCAGCAUGUUUCUUUGAAGGAAUCGAUGAUCAGCACUGGAAAAGUAACGGUACUUUAGCAUCAGUAGCAACAAUAUCAGGCUCCAUUUUUAAUCAGUUGGCAAAAUGGAUACGAGAGGAUAACCACACUGGCAUUUAUUAUGAGACCUGGACUGUGCAGGGAUCUUUGGAACGAAACUCAUCUGUGUGGUUUGAUUCCUAUGACUGCAGCAAAUUUGUGCUCCGAACUUACGAAAAGCUUUUUCAGCUUGGUGCCACGUUUAAGAGAAAUAUACCAACAAACUACACUCGCCUUUUCUUGUUCAGUGGAGAACCUGUGUAUCUAGGGAAUGAAAGCUCAAUCUUUGGUCCACAGGGAAAUAAGUCAUUGGCUUCCAAUAUUCAAAAAUUCUACUUCCCUUACAGAUCCCAUCAAUCCUUUGCACAACUUCUCCUGAGUAUUCUAGAUAUAUAUGGGAAGGUCAUUUUAAACAAGACAUUUUAUCUGUAUUAUAACUUUGAAUACUGGUAUUUACCAAUGAAGCCUCCUUAUGUGAAGAUAACGUAUGAGGAAAUUCCCCUACCCUCCAGAUAACGUGCUGACAAGCUUGUACCUUCAGAAAUUGCAUAGCUUCAGUAAUGUGGACUGAACUUUAUUCAUGCCACCUUAGCUCUUACUGCAGUAAGUUGAUCUCUAUAAAGAACACAAUGAAAAUGAUAUAUCCGAACUACCACCAGAAAAAAGUGGAGGAGCUGCCAUUUUUAUGCCCUAUUUUCAAACGGGUCUCUAAACAAGAAAAAAAAUAUUAGAGUUUCUGCAUAUUUCCUCCCUGGAGCCACCUGAGUGGAAGACCAUAAAAGGGCCAUGUAACAAUAGAGAGGCGGUGUAUGGUACAUAUACAAACCUCCUGUGACCAGCUUAGGAGUAGCUACAUCUACCAACUGGUCUUCACCCAGACAGUAAGUCAAGUGGUUGCUACGUAAGUUUAAGAGACUUUGUCUCCCUCCCUGAUAUGUCCUUGCUUCACUCCAUUUUCUGCUCCUGCGCAGCUUAGCAUGAAAUUACUGGGAUUGCCGCCCAGUCGAUGAGGCAGGUCAUCUCUACAGGCAGGGAUUGACUGAAUGGCAUUAAUCGCUAUUUCCUGCCAUGUGGAGGCAGGGGCUGGAAGGGGAGUGCAGUGACCCCAGAAGCCAUCAGAACAGAAGCAGCGGGGUAUCAGUGAGGUGAGUAGGGCCUCUUUCAGAUGAGUGAGUCCCACGCAUCUGACUCGCAAUGCAAGUAUGCGGCAGCUCCCUGCACUGACCGGGUCGCAUAGCAUUAUAUUGAUUUAUGAUGCUAUGUAACCCUUAGGCCCCUUGCAGACUAGCGUUCCUACCGCAGCAAGUCCGCAACGCAGCUCCUGGCCUGAACUCCCAGCGCUGCCGGGGGUCACAUAGCAUUAUAUUGAUCUAUGAUGCUAUGUAACCCUUACAGAUUUGGA